CACAUCAACAUGCCCUAUUGUGGCAUUUGAAACAAACAACAAUAACAAACUGAAACAAACAGAUUAUACCUGACACACGUACUCUUGUAGGACUAAUGCACUCUCUGACGAUUCUUGCUUUCCAUCAUGGCUUCAGUGGCAACUCACCUUCUCAUACUAGCAGGGAUGAUGACCACUGUAUCGCCUUUUCCCACAACUGUUACUGAACGUCAUACAAUACAUACGAAUCAUACACGCCAAGCAGCCGCCAACACCUUGUCGGGCCCAGAGCUGGCCGCCAUGAUGGCGAUCGGCAUCAGGGUCAUGAGGGGUCAGGACUGGAAUUGGGGAGACGAGGAUGGAAACCCUCCUGGUCUGGGCAGUGUGAUUGGGAAUCUGGAUGAUAGAGGCUGGCUAUGUGUUCGGUGGGACAACGGCAAUGAAAUCCUCUACCGCAUGGGCACCAAGGGCAAAUACGACCUCAUGCUGGCAGGGCCACUGCUCUCCAUAGCACCCACCACAAAGGGCACCACCAGUCAGCAGCAUCACAGCCACGGAAUGACUAUUACAACUACACCUGAACUCUCAACCCAUACAAGACAAGGCAGCAACACUGCAGAUAUUGCUUUUCUACUGGAUGGAUCUUUGAGUGUGAGCAGUGACCAGUUCAGUGCCAUGAAAACAUUUGUGAGACAUCUGAUCGGAAGACUCUUGCAACUAAAUGGCCAACAUAAUUUUGCUUUUGCACAGUACUCAACAGAAUGCGUCAUCCACGAGACAUUUAACCAGUUUCAGAGACCAGGAUGGGAAAGUCGGCUAAAUAAUAUCACCCAGAUACGAGACGGCACAUGUACUGCAAGUGCUAUUUGGACAGUUGUGAAUGAUUUGUUUAUUUCUACUGCUGGCGCAAGACCUGAGGUGAACAGAAUUCUCAUUGUCAUCACAGAUGGGCAGUCCGGCUAUUGCAAGGACCGUAGAUAUGUAUACGUCUAUGGCGAGGCCUAUCGCUAUGUCACUGGACUGGCUGACAGAAAGUAUAUUGAGAGAUAUGCUGUUGGGGUUGGAAAUGCCUGGAACAGUCAGUCAGCACUUAAUGAGCUCAAAGACAUUGCAUCUUCACCAGAAUCAGAUCAUGUCUUUACAGUGGACAACUUUGAGGCACUAUACAGCAUUAGUAUCUCACUGGAAAAGAGCAUCAUUGCUAUAGAAGUGGAGACCCCUAUGGCUUGUUCACCCACAACUACACCUGAACAAACAACUUAUACAAGCAAAGCUUUACCCACCGGAAAGAGCACUACGACUUCUUCAUACAGAACUACGCCUGUACCGACAACUCACACAAGCCAAGCUUUGUCCACAGGGAACACCACUACAACGUCAUCAUCCACAAUUACACCUAAACCCAAAACUCAUACAAGCCAAGCUUUGUCCACAGGGAAGACCACUACGACUUCAUCACCCACAACUACACCUGAACUCACAACUCAUACAAGCCAAGCUUUGUCCACAGGGAAGACCACUACAACUUCUUCACCCACAACUACACCUGGACUCACUACUCAUACAAGUCAAGCUUUGUCCGCAGGGAAGACCACUACGACUUCUUCACCCACAACUACACCUGAACCCACAACUCAUACAAGCAAAGCUUUGUCCACAGGGAAGACCACUACGACUUCUACACCCUCGACUACACCUGGACUUACAACUCCUACAAGUCAAGCUUUGCCCACAUGGAAGACCACUACGACUUCUUCACCCACAACUACACCUGAACCCACAACUCAUACAAGCAAAGCUUUGUCCACCACUACGACUUCUUCACCCAUAACUACACCUGGACUCACAACUCCCUCAAGUCAAGGGAAGAGUACUACAGCCUCGUCACCCACAACUACACUUGGACUACUAAUUGCCUACCAAAUGGACAUUGUAAACCUGAACCUUGUCUUUAUCGCUGGGGGUCUUCUUGUCACUCUGGUGUGUUGUUGUGCUCUGGUGGGGGGGACGCUGAUACGCAGAACCAGAGGGUCAAAGGUCCAUCCAUCCUCUGAUAAACAGUUGUCAUCAAUCAAAUGGUGGUGGAUUAGAACUGUUAAACAUUUUAAGUGAACUUUGCAUAUGAAAGAAAGCCCAUACACCAAUUAUCGCUUUAGGCAAUAUAGUCAUAAUGAUAUCUAUCUGAGUUUUACUUAAGGAAACUAAGGAAUACAAUAAACCAAAUGAUAUAAUGUAAUGUAUACACUUAAUUAAAGUAAUUUCAUAAUAUAGUUUAAUGUAUACUUAAUGAAAGUGGGAAUUAGGAAUUAGGGAUGCACUACACAUGUAUGUACAAAUGACUAUUUUCUGACAAUUAUUUUGGUUCUCUUAAUUAAUAAUUAAUCUUACUUGAGUUAUCAGAAACAAAUCAGUGUUCUGAAUUUGAGGCUACAGUUGAGGUGGUUUGAUUGAUUAUUCCUAAAACAUUCCUUUGUAUGUUACCUUAGCAUUAUUCAUCAGCCUAUGUGGGUCUGAUAUAUUCUUAUAGAUACACAGAUUGCUCUAUGAAAAUGUUCGUUAUUUGUCACAGCUAUUUCUAAAGGGUGUGAACUGCAUGCUUUGUCCUUCACUAUACAAUUAUAUAUUUUCAUUUUAAUUUUAGUUAACUUUGUUUAAUGUCCCAGCAAAUCAUGUACAGUAAUGACCAGCAAUGGUGUUUAGGAAGGAACAUUUGUGUGUGCGGUUAUACUGUAUGUUCUACUGUUAUAGCUUAUUGUUUAUUAGCCUACUUUCAAAUGUUUCAAAUGUC